AUGCGUAGUAUUGGUCUUACACUGCUGCUGGCGCCGGCAUUGGCCGAGCUCUGCCUCGCCGACAACCUCGACAAAUAUGGCAUAUUCACCCCCAAGAAGAUCGCGCUGAGCUCCGUGCCGUCUAUGGAUGGCCAGUCCUACUCGGGUGGGUUCACUCUUUCAACGGACGAACCGCUGGCCACACUCGACUACAACUACGAAGUGGCAGGACUGCCGUACUUUGUGGUGUCCUCCGUCUCCAAUGGACCAGUGGAGGUCGAAGUCAAGUACGCAGAGCAGUUCCCAGCGCUCUCGCUCAACUACUCGGAUGGGCCAUCGCAGUUCACGACAUCCAUCGCCAACUCACGUCGCGUGGAGACUCACCGCUUCACUGAAGACGAAAUUGGAGCCACGAUCACCUCCAUACUCAGUCAACCUGGUCAACGAUGGCAGUCACUUCGUCUGCUUACUGGUGACUCCAUCACGUUCGAGACUGUCGGUUUGCAGGCGUCCGUCGAGGUGAUCGACGACCUUACCGCUCUACCCGGUAAAUUUUCAAGCUCCAACGCCAAGUACGACGAGAUCUGGAAAUUGGGAGCACGUGCUGUGACUGCCGCUUGCUUGGAUGCUGGCAGUCAAGUGCCUUCGUGGAGCUCGUCCGAAGAGAAUGGCACCUUUGUGCCUGGCACGCGUCCGGGUAUCUCGUACCGGACGUGGAACCUGACGGACUACGUGCUCACCUUCGACUCGCAGAUCAUCCGCGGUGGCGCAGGCUACACCAUUGCGUACGACCUGACGGGCAACCGUGACGGCGUGCAGAUCCAUUUGGCGUCCGAGUACCCGAACGACACGACCUUCUCCAACAUCAACACGACAUUGUUCCCUGCCAACACGGUGACUCUUGCAUACGGCUACGACUUUGCUAACGCCACGAGCAUGACGAGCUACAUACUGGGUCAGUACGAUGUGCCGUUCAACGUCAAGGAGAACGUCUGGUACCCCGUGGAGAUUCGUGUCAACGCCACGGCUGGUAACAUUGUGUUCUCCAUCGACGGACAGCAAGUGUUCGAUAUCAUACUGACCGAAAUGGGGUUCACGGACAGCCAGCUCUCCUUCUACGGUUAUGCGUCACGCGGUGAAGGUGCGAUCGGCUUCGGUGGCUGGCAGGAUCAAGCAUCCUAUGUGCGCAAUGUGACGGCUACUAGUUUGUCCGACUCGUCCAAGGUGCUGUACUCGAACCCAAUGACAGACGAAAGCGUGGUCGUUCCAGAGUUCGGCGGACAGAGCAACGCGUACGGCGUGUGCAUGGAUGGCGCCAAACGUGACCGGUACGUUUGGCUGGGAGAUUUUUACCACACGACGCGAAUCAUGGGCGUGGCGAACUCGAAACCCGAGCAGAUCGCCGGUACGUGGGAGUUUUUGUUCGAGUACCAAGCGGCAACAGGUCAAAUGGCUGGUUUCGUUCCCAUUUCGUACCAAUCGCCGAUGCCUACGCCCGAAGUAUUCCUCUACGAUGCUGGCACUGUGGAUGCCUUGUACUAUUUCCCGGACUACGUGAUCCUCGGACUGAUUGGUUUGGUAUCUUACAUGGACUAUUACGACGAUGAUGCUUUCGUCAAAGCCCAUUGGGAGGAAUUUACUCGUGCGAUGACUUGGCUUAUUGGCAACCAGGGCAGCAAUGGGCUCAUUGAUUUUACGAAGUACGUGGUGGUAUUCCUUGGAUCCGGUGCAGGCAUGGCUGUGAAUGCUGCUGCUGUCCAGUGUCUCGACGGUAUGGCUGGGGUGGCUCGUGCUGUGGGUGACUUGGAGUCUGCAAAUUCUUGGCUUCCUGUUGCUGCUAGUGUGAAAGCUGCUAUCAACGAGUUGCUCUGGAACGAUGCGCUGGGUAACUAUGCACUCGAUUUGUCGACACCUGAAGUGUAUGGCGUCUCGGCUACUGCGUUUGCUCUCACUUCGGGUGUGGCCAACGAGACCCAGACCAAGCUGAUAGUGGACGGUUUGGAAGGUCUGCGUCAAGGUCCUGGGUAUCUUGAUUCGAGUAAUACUGCCAACACUACGCACAUCUCGCCGAAUACAAACGGAUUCUUGCUCGAUGCGCUUCUGCAGCACGGAUACACCGACCAAGCUGUUUUCUUGCUGGACAACCUCUGGGACGCCAUGAUCUCGAACGAGAACUAUCGCUCCGGUGCGAGUUGGGAAUACGUAGCACAGUCAUUGGAGCCGGGUAUUGAUCUCUUCACGUCGUUGAGUCACCCGUGGGGCGGAGCACCUACCUACGCGUUCACCAACUACGUAGCGGGUAUUCGUCCUGUAGAGUUCGGAUUCCGUCGGUGGAUCGUGAAUCCGUUGGUGUCAGGUCUGAACGUUACCAGUGCCAACGCUACCGUGAACACGCCGUAUGGAGAUCUCUCGGCCGCCUGGGAACUCGUCGAUAGCCAACUGAGUGUGACAAUCACUGCUCCGGUGGGCACGGAUGGCACUUUCGAGGUUGCUCAGCCUAGUUCGUCCACGGGUACUUACGAAAAGCACUUCGAGGGAACCGGGACAGCUACGUCCUUCGUCGUUCAACUGUGAAACGUUUUUAAUCUGAAGGGUGGUCAGUCAGAUUAAUCAGAUCAUGCAGAAGAAUGAACAUCGCAUUUGCAGUUUCCACAAAAUAGUGCCCAAGACGAAGCUGCAACAAGGCUGGCUGAUCCAUUCAUUUUAUUCUCAUUGAACAUGGCUGUCAUUUAACAAAGA